AUGGCAGGCGCGCACACUCGUGUGGAGGCAGCACUGGGAGUUGGAGAAGCGGCGGCAGGGCCUUGGGGUUUUGAGACGUCUCAAAGCGCGCACAGUCACGUGGAGGCAGCACUGGGAGUGCAAGGAGUUGGAGAAGCCGCAGGGCCGCCUUGGCCUCCCGACAGCCUGCAUCACUCUGCUCGUUUCCAGGCUGAUAGGCAACAAGGAGGGCCGUCUCAGCAGCACAUGCAGCCGGUGCACCAUGGGCGGCUGUUAAGGCGUGAGGGGGUGCUUCAUCUGUGUCGGUUGCUGCUGCUUGCAGCGUGGGCAGCGGCGUGCAUUGCCGGUGCAUGGGGGCUGGCUGGGGACCACCGCGGCCUCAGAGACUGUACGGACAUCUUGGCAGCAGGAGUGGCUCUCACGCCCACCACCGACACACACACCGCACCUGCCACCUCCGUGCCCCCCUCCUCCACCGCCAACUCGAAUAGCACCUUCUUGAAUUUCACCUCCCCCACUGUAGAUGGCACCUCCCCCAACUCUACUGCCAGCAGCAGCAGGGCGGGCGAGUGGGGGCACCACCGGCGGUACGAGCGGCGGGCGGGGCAGUGCUGGAGCCGGGCGGAGCUGCCUUGCUAUGUGGGCAUCAGCAGGCACACACGGGUGCAGCAAGAGCAACAACAAAGCAAAGAAAGCACGGGGGACAUUUUUUCCCCCGAGGGAGCUGGGCAGAACGAACAGCAGCAGCAUGGGAUGUCGGAGCAGCUGCAGGUGAAGCUGCGGCAGUACCACACGUACCGCCGCGAGUGCCUCCACCGCGAGCCCCUCCACCACCUGCGCUCCACCCUGCUCGCCGGCAAGCCCACCGCCUGCCGCUACCUUGUCUUCUACCACCCGUCUGACGGCCAGGGCAACCGCCUCAUCUCCCUCGUCUCCGCCUUUGCCUACGCGCUGCUGACCGAUCGGAUCUUCCUGUUGAGCUCUAAGAGUGGGCCCGCUGCCGUGCUGUGCGAACCGUUUGAGCACGGCGAGUCGUGGGUGCUGUUUGGGCGCGAGGAGAAGUUGGAGGAGCAUCAUGCGCAGGUGCUGGCGCUGAAGGUGGCGAGGGAGUGGAGGGAGGUGAGGGAGGGGAGGGAGAAGAAGGGGAAGAAGGGAGGUGGGCGGAGGAGGCUGGUGGAAGGUUUGUCAUUGAGUGGAAACCCACUCCCCUCCAGCCCUCUUCGUCUGCCUCGCAGCAGCCUCCCACACCCCCUCACUCCCCAAGUUCCCACUUACUUCCUUCCUGAUUCCCCUCCAACACCCUCCCCAUUCCCCCCACCCUCUCCCAGUCUAAAGCCCUUCCGCUCCCUCUCCCGCCUCCUCCUCUUCCCCCGCAACCGCAUCUGGGCGCAACUCACCCACCGCUUCCACUCCCUCAUCGCCCCCGCGCCCGCGCGCAUUGGCCUGCAGGGCCGCUUCCCCACGCACGCGAACGAAGGUCGACUGCGGUACGACACGAUGAACAUGGGUCGAUGCCUGUUGGAUGCUCUCAACUCGUCGGUCCUGCAGGAGGCAAGGGAGAUGAGGCUUGGGGCGGAUUGGGAAGAGGGCGGGCGAUGGAGGGGGGUGGUGGAGGGGGCUGGGGCAGCGGAAGGAGGGGAGUUAGGGAGAGUUUUCACAAGCAGUGGCAGCAGUAGCAGCAACAGCAGUAGCAGCGACGGCAGUGGGGAUGACUAUGGGUUAGAGGGGUUGUCAGGGAAUGUGACAGAGGUGAUGGUGGCAUCUUUGAACGCUGCUCUAGUGCAUAACCUGUCAGUGGCAGUGACAGGCAACAUGAGUGCAGUGCGAGUGAGUGUGGGGCACGACGCCACACAUGCUGCCAUGGGUGUUAUACUACCGCCCAUUAACAGCAAUGCUGCUUCUCCUGCUCUUCCUGCUGCUGCUCCUGCGCCCAUGUCUCCAGAUGUAGCCAACAGCAGCAGCAGCAACGGCGCAUCCGACACCCACGUCCACAUAGUCCGGCUAACGAUUGAUGAGAAGCAGAACAAUGGCGAUAAGGCUGGUGUUGACCGAGCAAUGGUGGACAUCUACACUCUAGCUCUCUUCUCCGACGCCCUCAUCAUCUCCGAGGUCUCCACCUUUGGCUACCUCUGCGCCUCGCUCUUUGGUGUGCCCCGCACCACGUUCGUCAGUGCCACGUGCAAGCGAGCGCCGCCUGAGCCGUGCUUGCACUUCCCACCGGGGAACGAGCGGUGCCCGGAUGGCCAGGCACAGGUGCUAGAGCAGGCGUUGGCUGCAGACCCGCAUGUGCCGCUCAUGCACUGCGUGGAUGUGAGAAAUGGGCUCACAUUGAAGCCUCUUGAAGGAUGGGAAUAG